GAGGCCGCUGUUCGCAAACCUGACAAGCUGCCAGCUUUGUCGAAUUAAUCGUUUUGUUUUUUUUUAAACGAAGAACUAUAUAUUUGGGAAGAUCUACAACGUUGUACCCAGCGACGUGUUGCAGAAAGAGAGGCUGUCUGGAGUCUUCAUUGUCCGAGACGUUAACGCGUGGUCGACUGCUUCAUCGACCCUUUCUGACCGCCUCGUCCCGAUUUAUCGGCUCUUUCUUUGACACUUUUUAAUUUGCCCACCGUGUGUAGGCUGGGAAGAGUCCUGCCGUCGGGAGCUAUGGUGAAGCUGACGAAAGCCAAGACGUUCCAGGCUUACCUGGACUCCUGCCAUCGCCGCUACAGCUGUGUUCACUGCCGCGCCCAUCUGGCCAACCAUGAUGAUCUUAUCUCCAAGUCUUUCCAAGGAAGCCAAGGCCGAGCUUACCUCUUUAAUUCUGUGGUGAACAUCGGCUGUGGUCCUGCGGAGGAGAGGCUGCUGCUCACAGGACUUCAUGCAGUGGCCGACAUCUACUGUGAAAACUGUCAUACCACUCUGGGCUGGAAAUAUGAACAAGCCUUCGAACUGAGUCAGAAGUACAAGGAAGGGAAGUACAUCAUCGAGCUGUCCCACAUGAUAAAAGACAACGGCUGGGACUGAGAGGGACACAUCCACAGCGUUCUCCAUGACUUUCUUUUCAAAGUUGCAUCCCCUCAUCCUAGCAGGGUUCCAGUGUAGCUUCCUCAUCCCGCAUUCGAGCCGUCGCUGUGCCACACUUUCACUCUCUAUACGGCUUUGCCACGAAUAGCAUGUGAUGCCUUAUCUUACUCAUUUCUCCGUGUGUUUUCCAGCAGCCGCAACACAUUUUCGGAUUAUGCGAUCCCGGUGGCUAGUUGUGCUCGGGGCUUGGCGUGAAUGAAGUGUUGGGUUUGUGUGCGGAAGAACUCCCAGGCACGUGUGUGCAUAUUGGAAUUUUACGCGUGUGUUUUGAGAGAUGAACCUCUUACCGGUGAUCAAUAAACAAGAGUUGCUAGGUGCGGGGGGGGAAUAAUGGUGACUUUCUUGCAGUGGCAUUCGGGUUUCUUUCGACAUAAAUCUGGCCAAGAUGCGUAGAUAACACAAGCAAACCGAAAUCAUGACGAGCAGGGAGAGAGCUUAUUUUUUUAAAGAAUUCUGGACAUUUCAGGUUUUAUAUAAAGCUUGCUGAUAGUUUGCCACAAGCAUAAAGGAUGUUGAAUUAGUAAUGGUUAUGACCAUACAACUCAUUUUAAAGCAGAACUACAUUUUAGUGUGUGUGUGCGUGCAUUCCGAUCUGUGGGAAACUCGUAGAUUAUAAGACUUGGAUUGUCAGUAUUAGAUACUUUUGUUGAUAUUUGAUGAUUCGGUUUUGUGUCCUCCCAAGACCUGAAGUUCAACUUUGUGUUUGCAGAGAUGGUUUUCACCGCGCAAUUAGGAUAUCCACUACUUGCUGUCAUCCUGGAGAUCUAUCCUCUACGUGUUUGUGUAUAGCGUAACAAUGGGACGCCCUUACAGCUACAUGUACUCAAUCAUAUUGGAGCAAUGUGUGAUAGAAUUAUGUAGCAUAUUUAUGGUGAUUUUUAUUAUUAUUAUUGUGUGCUUCUUUUCAUUAAAGUAUAAUUUUUACUUUUACUAUUUCAUUAAAAUGCAGUGUCUGUA